AUGAUUUCACAUUUAAACUAUCUCAGAGCAACAAAUCAAGGAAAUACUUUAAUAUCAAGUCUUAAUACAAAUACAAUGGUUUUGGUUUCUGGUGUUAAAUUCAGGGUUGAUAUAUUUGGAGCCCAAAUAACAUAUUGUCAACGUUAUAGUAAUGAUAUUGGAAAUGUAAAAAGAGAAAUGUGCGGUUUUGAAAAUCCAAUUAUUCAAGGUGGAUUCCUUCGAGCGUCAGAUGAUGGUACACCUAUGGCAGAUAUAACCUGCAAGCCAGCUGUACCAAGUCCCACUCCUGUUAAAGGAUUCUUUGCUGGAUGUACACCUUUUGAAGGUUCAUUUUUUACUUUUCUUCUUAUUACUUGGCUAAGUACUAAAUUAGAUACAGUAAAAGUAUGGAAUCCAUCGCUUAUCGACUACAACAAUUUGGAAAGAUUAAAUUCGAAUACACUAAUAUGUCCUUGUUCUACAACUUUAAUACCUUAUCAUACAUUUAUCUCAUUAUCUCCAUCUUUACAUCAAGUGUGUUCAAGUGAUUUUGUUUCAGAUCGUUGGAUUUCUGUAUUAAAAAAUAGCACAUUUUCUAAAACUUUUUUAAGUAUCAAUUCUGUAACAGAUUGGCGUUAUCGCGCCAGUUCACAAUUUCAAUUAUUGUCGAAUCUUUGCCAGUUGGCUAAUAGAACAAUCGACGAUGCUAUUCGUCGUUUUAUCUAUCAAUCCUUUGCAGUAUCAAAUUUACUCAGUGAGGAUAAUUUCAAUGCAUAUUUCAAUCGAACAUUCACUCAAUUGCUCCAGUCGACAACCAGCUAUUUUAGUGUUCUUGUAGAAACAGAGCGUCUCCUUCUUCAAGUCGAUCAACCUUCUACUGCACUUAUUAAAGAUGUACAAUAUAUAGUGAAUUCGAAUAUACGUGCAAAUGUGACACUAAAUGUAACUACCAAUAAGUAUUCAUCGCAUCUGACAUUACAUUUGACUGAAAUUCGCAAUAUGUAUUUUAAUUCGAUCACUUGUAUUUGUGGGACUAAUCCUGAUUGUCAAACACCGAGCGUCAUUAUUCAAAAGAAAGAAACGUCAGGUGAAUUUUAUCUCGCUUACGUUGUGCCAGGCUCGAUCAUCAGCUGUUAUGCUAUUGAUUCUCUUUUACGCUCAACACUCGAAUGUUUAUACACAGAUGUUGACUGUUUUUCAAUUCUAAUGAAUUACGUAAAAGAAGGAUAUUUAACUAAUAAAAAUACUUCAUUAUGGACUGAUGUUCGUCCUCUCGUUCAUGAUUCGACAUCGAGCCAAUAUACUUCAAACACUUCAGUUGGAAUAAUACUUAAAAAGUUGAUGAUUGAACAAUGGAAUCCAAUUUCUACAUACGAAAAAUUUUAUAAACUAUGUGCACCGAAAUAUUGUACUUAUUCUCAAAAUAUUCGUAAAGAAACUAUUUUAACCCUGACAAUAAAAAUGAUAUCUAUGAUUGCUGGUUUUACAGUUGCAUUAAAAUUAAUCACACCUCUUCUCGUCAAAACUAUUUUUAAAUUAUUAUCUAUAAUUAUCAAAAGACAUAAAAAUCGACAAGAAGAGCAACAACGUGGUAAUGUAUAA